ACUUCAUCGCUCUUCACUCAUCCCUCAUCAUCUCCAACUCCACCACAAGGCAAAAUCAUCAAUAUGUCUCUUCCCCGCCUCCUCCUCGACCUAUCGACCGACUUACCACCUACCCGCGACCACCCGGCGCAUCCCUCUAGUCUCCCCACCGCUACAUCAAUCAAAGCCCACCCAACCAAUCCCGGAUCAGAAAAUGCCUCAAUAUUCUUCGUCGGCACAGCUACUACGAUUCUAGAAUGGGAAGGAGUGAGGUUAAUGACUGAUCCGAAUUUCUUGCACAAGGGUGAUCAUGUGCAUUUGGGGCCUGGCGUCACGGGAACGAGGGAGACGAAUCCGGCUGUGAACCUGCAUGAGUUACCGAGGAUUGAUGUUGUGUUGUUAAGCCAUUAUCAUGCUGAUCAUUUCGACCAAGAUGUUGAAGCCUCACUCAGACGCUCUCUUCCCAUCAUUACGACUCCACACGCAAAAUCUCACCUAGCUCACAAGGCCGGUGAAAACGAAGCAUUUACUGCAGUCCAUGAGCUAGACACAUUCCAAAGCAUGAUGGUGGACAUUAAGCCUGCUUCUCAAGAGCAAAAACCUAACAAGGUACCAGCUAUGAAAGUCACUGCAAUGCCAGGGAAACAUGUCCCACCAGGAGUUCUCGGUACAAUGAAUGAUCUUAUGAAAGCAGUUCCUCCAACAAACGGCUGGAUGCUAGAACUCGGUUACAACACCGAUGCCGAAUUCUCCUGUGGCUACCGCAUCUACAUCUCAGGCGACACCCUCAUGGUCGACGAGCUCGAAGAGAUCCCCGAACGAUAUGCAGGUCAAAACAUCGACCUGAUGCUUAUCCACUUAGGAGGGACGACUAUUCCCUCGCCUAAGUUACCUCUCUUGAUGGUGACUAUGGACGCUAAACAGGGUUUGCAACUCGUUCAAUUGAUCAACCCCGAUUUGACGAUUCCGGUGCAUUAUGAUGAUUACGAUGUAUUUUUGUCGCCGCUUGAGGAUUUCAAGAAGGUGAUGGAUGAGGCGGGUCUUAGUGAUAAGGUUGUGUAUCUUGAUAGGAAGGAUCAGUAUAAGUUCGCAGUCAAGUCUUCAUGACUUCGGAUCAGUUUGAUUUGGAAAAGUCUCAAUAUUAUAUAUCUUCUGGCUCGCUUCGGCAGCUAUGUUCAGUG